UUCUCUCGUUUGGCCUUUCCGCCCGCAACCCGACGCCAAAAGAAGGAAACUGGCGCACGCGUCCCGCCCCCCUUCUUCGCUUCUCGCCCGCGCCGAGCGCGUUCCUUCGUUCCAGCAGCCUCCGUCUCCCUCCUCCAAUCCAAAAAAACUCCGCCUCUUUCCGCCCCCUUUUCCAACCUAAACCCCUCCUCCCCUCGCCCGCCGGCAUGCCCGCCCGUUCCGACCGCCACCCACCUACCGGCGCUCCCGUCCCUCUCCUCCUCCCUUCGGAUAAGUAGCGUCGAAGCGGCGUCUCUCGGGGUCUCGCCACCACCCACCGCUCCGCCGGCUCCGCGUGGAUUCCUUCCCCGUCGCGAUUGGUUGAGGUGCGGGAGACUUGCGGCUUCCGACCGACUUCCCGCGGCGCUCGCGGCAUUGGACGGGAAGGCGCGCGGGUGCGGGUGGCGUGAGGCGCGGGAUGGGGGCGGCUGACCGGCAGGAGGCGGAGGCGCGGCUGCUGGCUGCGCGCCAGGCGCUGCGCGCCGGGGUGGACCGGUCGCGCGCGCUGGGCCGGGCGCUGGCGCGCGACGCGGCCCGGGUGGAGGGGAUCCGGGCGCGCCUCCCGGCCAUGGAGGCCUCGGCGCGCCCGAUCCGGGCCCCGCCCGAGGCGCUCGCGGCGGCGGGCCGCGACAUCGACCGCGCGCUCGGCCCCGCCGCCGCCGUGCUCAAGGUCUUCGACGCCGUGCACGGGCUCGAGCCCGCGCUCCUCGCGCGCGCCUCGCUCGCCGGGGACCUCCCGGGGUACCUCGCCGUGCUCGCGCAGCUCGAGGCCGCGCUCCGCCUCCUCGCCGACAACCGCGGCCUCGCCGCGCAGUGGCUCGCCGACAUCGUCGCGUACCUCGGGGACCGCGACCUCGCCGACCCGCGCUUCGUCGCCGACCUCGCCGGCCAGCUCCAGCGGCUCAAGGAGGAGGACUCCGCCGGCCUGGACGCGGGGCUCCUGCCGGCCGCCCUCGGCAUGCUCGAGGCCGAGUUCCGCCGGCUCCUCGCGGACCACUCGGCGCCGCUCGCCAUGAAGGAGCCCGACAGCUCCACCCCGGCGUCCGUCGUGCCUUCGCGGAUCCCCGCCUCCGUCGUGCACAAGCUCGGCCUCAUCCUCGACCGCCUCGCCGCCAACGGGCGGCUCGACCGCUGCUCCGCCGCGUAUGCCGACGCGCGGGGGGAUACCGUGGGCGCCAGCCUCCGCGCGCUGGGCCUCGAUUACUUGAAGGAGACAUCGGAGGACGCGCAGGCGCUCAGCCCGAGCGUCGAGCGUUGGAGCCGGCAUCUGGAGUUCGCGGUGCACCACCUCCUAGAGGCUGAGAGGAAGCUCUGUGCAGCGGUGUUUGAGCGGCGACCGGAGGCCAUGCCGUCGUGCUUUGCUGAGAUUGCGGCUCGUGCUGGCAUCCUUGAUUUCCUCAAGUUUGGCCGUGCGCUCGCUGAUACCAGGAAGGACCCCAUCAAGCUAUUGCGGCUGCUUGACGUGUUUGAUUCUUUGAAUAAGCUGAGGCUGGACUUCAACCGUUUGUUUGGUGGAAAAGCUUGCGCAGAGAUCCAGAGCCGGACGAGGGAGCUUGUCAAGGUGGUGGUGGAUGGUUCUGUUGAGAUUUUUGAGGAAUUGCUUGUGCAGGUCGAGCUGCAGCGCAAUAUGCCGCCGCCGGUUGACGGUGGAGUGCCUCGCCUGGUGAGCUUUGUUGCCAAAUACUGCAACCAGCUCCUCGCGGAGCCGUAUCGGUCUGUGCUCACACAGGUGAUCACCAUCCACCGCAGCUGGCGCAAGGAAGCGUUCAAUGACAAGAUGCUUGUUGAUGCCGUGCUUAAUAUCGUUAAGACACUUGAGAUCAACUUUGAGACAUGGUCAAAGGCAUAUGGAGAUACGACGCUGUCGUGUCUCUUCAUGCUGAACGUACACUGGCACUUCUUCAAACACCUCAAGGGUACUAAGCUGGGUGAGCUCUUAGGCGAUGCAUGGCUCCGGGAGCAUGAGCAGUACAAGGAUUACUACUCAGCAGUGUUUCUGAGGGAGAGCUGGGGGACACUUGCACCCCUGUUGAGCAGGGAGGGGCUGAUAAUGUUCUCCAAGGGCCAGGCUACUGCAAGAGAUUUGGUGAAGCAGAGGCUCAAAUCGUUCAAUGCUAACUUUGAUGAGAUGUUUCAAAAGCAGUCUACAUGGGUGAUUUCAGAUAGGGAUUUGCAGCAGAAGACAUGCCACCUUGUGGUGCAGGCUAUAGUGCCUAUUUACCGGAGCUUCAUGCAGAACUAUGGGCCGCUUGUUGAGCAGGACAUCAGUUCGAGCAAGUAUGUGAAGUACAGUGCCGAAGAUUUGGAUAAGAUGCUCAACACACUCUUCCUCCCUAAGCCAGGCAGACCAAGGAGAGCUGGAAGCUUCCAGAUCAAACAUUCAGGUGAUAAGAUUACCAGCGCAAUGACAGGAUUGUAUCGGAGUGCUUCUACUCUGAAAUAGCUUUGGUAGAUAUUUGGAAAGAAUGGGCGCACAAUUUGUGCAAUAAGUCAAUAACUUGGUAGGCAAGGAUUAUUUGCUUCAGGCCAGUCAGUCAAGAUCCCCACUUGUGCGGGGGAGACAUAAUAAUGGCCCAAUGAUUAGAACAGCUGGAGCAUAAGAACAUAAACUCCUCCAGAACUGACAUAGUGGGGGAGAAGAUGACUGGAGUGUUUCCUCAGAGCAUACCUAGACUAUGAGGUCCCCUUCAUGUCGACUAUCUUUUCACCUUCUAUUGCAUUCUUAUCUGUAGCAAGUAUACUCAAUUCAUUUUAGGAACUUGUUUGGGGAGCAGAGGAUGUGUAAUCAGCUAUCUGGUACAUGUUAGAAGAUUGGUUGUAUUAUAGGAGGGUGUUGAGUUGUUUCAUAUGGUUAUGGUAUACUAUGUUUUAGAUCUGAUGAACAUGCAGUGAAUUAAAUGGAGUACAUUAUAUGGGUGGCAAAAGAUGGCUGUGAUUAACUGAUCGCCGACUAUAUGAGACAGUAACUACUUUUUUCCUUCCAAA